CAGAGGAAAAUGACUUAUUUUCAAAUGCAGUAAAAACACCGCAUUCCUUUGGCACAGGAUGAAGACCAGCUCAGCUCUUCAGCCCUAGAUCAUUGUCUAUUGUUCUCCAAACAGUAAACCACUAUUUCUCACCAGAGAUUGUGGGCUGCAGUUCUGUCCGAGCCCUGGGCUUCUCAUGAAUAUGAAGUGAAGGGCUCUGACCCAGAACGUGGUUCUGAGCAGGGAAAUGGGGUCUCGGAAAUGUGGAGGCUGCCUAAGUGGUCUGCUGAUUCCGCUUGCACUUUGGAGCAUAAUUGUGAACAUAUUAUUGUAUUUCCCAAAUGGGCAAACUUCCUAUGCAUCCAGCAAUAAACUCACCAACUACGUGUGGUAUUUUGAAGGAAUCUGUUUCUCAGGUAUCAUGAUGCUUAUAGUAGCAACAGUUCUUCUUGCAUUGGAGAAUGAUAACAACUAUAAAUGUUGCCAGAGUGAAAACUGCAGCAAAAAAUACAUGACACUGCUGUCGAUGAUCUUUUCUGCCCUUGGAAUUGCUUUCUCUGGAUACUGCCUGGUCAUAUCUGCUCUAGGCCUUGUUCAGGGUCCAUACUGCCGCACUCCUGAUGGCUGGGAGUACGUCUUUGAAGGCACUGCAGGACGUUUCCUUACAGAUUCCAGCAUGUGGACUGAGUGCCUGGAACCCGCACAUGUAGUGGAGUGGAACAUCAUUUUAUUUUCCAUUCUCAUAGCUCUCAGUGGACUUCAGGUGCUUGUUUGCCUCAUCAGAGUAGUCACUCAGUUAUCCAAGAUACUGUGUGGAACCUAUUCGGUCAUCAUCCAGCCUGGAAUCAUUUGAAUGACAACAAGAAUAUUUUCCACUAUCAAGAUAUGCCAUCUAUCUGCCUCAUAUCUACUAUAUAGACCUUAAGGCAAUAUUCAAAUGAUGGUGAUUUCUCCGUUUGAUGUUUUUUGAGCCUCUUAUAAAAUUUAUAGUCCUCACUGGAAGUGCCAGCUAUGUCACCCUUCUAUCUGGAAUUUUUUCUAAGCAAUAUGUGCUAGGAUCUUCAGAAAUAUCCAUAUUCUUUGGUCAAACAAAUCCAUUCCCAAUAAUCUAUACUAUGGAAAUAAAUAAGAAUAAAAGAUAAAACUUCAUGCAAAUACAAAUAAUACAAUAUUAUUUAAUAUUCUAGAAAAUUAGAAAUACCUGAAAGUCUAACUUUCAGGGAAAGAUUAAGUCAAGAGUAAUACAUUAGUUGUAAUAUUAUAUAGUCACUACAAAUUAUGUUACACAGUCAUUACAAAUUAUAUUUUAAAAAUUAUAAAUACUGUUAAUUAAAAAAGCAGAUUACAAACUUAUGUUCACAUUAUAAACAAACCAUCUAAGACAAACACCAAAUAAUCAAAAUUUAGGAAGAAAACUCAAUCUGGAAGGAUUUACAGAAAAAUGUCAACUGUCAUUUGUCUGGAUGAUAGGCGACCCUUCUUACUUUUCUCUAUUUCCCAAGUUUUCAUUAUCAUUUUUAUAAUUAAAACAUAUUUUAAAACUCGUCAUUUUUACUAUUAAAAAUGCUUGCUUUUAUCCAAUCUUUAAAUAUAUGCUUUUCCACCUUGAGUAUCUAUAAACAUCAUAAAAUAAUGCUUCAAUCAGUGUUCAAUAAUGAAAGUACUGAGACAGAAAGACAAAAUAAAUUGUAUAAAUUUAUAUAAUCUAACUGAGCCUUUAGCCUUAUUUUCUCACUCCUGAUGAUGAGUGUGGUGGGCUACAAGAGGUAGCCUUGAAAUAAAUGAGCAGUCGAGGGCAUGCUCAAUGGGUUAAAGAAAGUGGUCAUUGACCAGUCAAUACAUAUGUCAUAGGGAGUUACCAAUACCUACACUAAUAGAAAAAAAUUUUUUAGUGAAACAUUUAGAAACUUUCUGUCUGUACCCUAUAGUUACCAUGACCUCCUUGAGAACAGCAGCAAUGUUAUAUAUUUUUCCAUCCUCCUUAGGACGUAG